UCACCGGAUUUAAUCUAUUGUUUUCAAAAUAACAAAAUAUUAAUAACACAUAAUUGUAAUACAUCACAUAUUAAUUAAUUACUUUAAUUACGUUGUGUUAAUGUGAGUUAUAAAAGAUGCCUUCCGUCUAUACAUUUUCCCGGAGUGAUAACGAGAUACUUCAAGAGUUGCUGAAGGUAUUUAACACGGCAAGGGGCACAGCACGAGAACAGUGGUCCAUACAGGCCGAGCUGUUAGUGGAACCAGUUGGAUGGGAUGCGCUUUGGAAAUUAUCAAAAGAAUUUUGUAAGAAAUUCGAAGUUCGCUACCCUUGCAUAGCGUAUGUCACAGUCACUUCAGUGGACUUUGAGAACUUGUCGUCAUCUGUCGAUGUACUAAGCGUGCAGCAUGAAGCAGUCACUCUCCCGGAGUCAGUUGUCGACGUUCCACUAGUGGAAUUGUGGCCAACCACAAAACAACGUGAACAAUGUGUGAAUGCUGCAACCACUGCAGAGUUCAUUGAUCUACUCAGAUUUUAUUACAACGACAUUUGGAUGCCAUGGGAUGACCAGGAUGAUAAGAUCCUAUUACCGAACACGGUAGAAGACCGUAUGCAGCUCUGGUCUGACAUGCACAAUGGGACCAUACCACACUGUGUAGCACGAUCUAUAACAUUACUGAGAAGUAGUGCAAUAGAUGCACACAAUAAACUAAAUGUUUUAGAUUCUUCACUGUGUGAAGAGGAUGUGGAAAAUGAUGAUGAUUCACUUCUACCCCCGAACUACAUAUCACAAUGUGCAGAGUUAAAUGCUCGUUUAGACGGGCUUAUGUCGCAGUGGACACUGUAUGAAAACCCUCUGAUCAGAGAACAGUAUUUGGCCAAAAUGAAACACAAAUGGCAAAAAAAGAAAAGUAAGAAAAAUGUGGUAGCUCUCUGGCAAGGAGGUUCAAUAUUUGAAUUCGACGAGAUCUCUAAAUUCCUGCGUUCUCGUCUCACCAACGAAUGCACCUUGACCGUAAUGGUCUCGGCAGAAGACGGUCUCACUCUCGAACCGGAGGAAGUCGUGGUGUGCAGCAAACAUUACGAAAUACCAGAAAUGCCUCUUCUUCAAAUAUCUAUAUGCAGUUAUAAAGGCGCGACCCUAAGGGCGACCGACAUGCGUUCGUGGCUGCUGAUGCUAAGUGAGGACUGUCGUCUGCGCGACCUGACCCUGCACUGCGCCCUCGUCAACACCGUGCUGCUGAUGCGAGCCGGGACGUUGCAUAUAACCAAUUGCGCCUUCCUGGAUGAUUCAAAAAAUGCACAGAGUGAUUUUGCGCAAGGCAUAGUUGCCAUGUCGGGUGCUAAGAUCCUGAUCGAAGACUGCACAUUUGACAAUUUCUAUUCCGGCAUAGUCGUACAUAAUGGGGCUCAGGUGGAGCUUCGUAACUGCAUCAUCAAACGUUGCGGCGUCGGGAUCCAGAUGUACUGGGGCGCGCGCGUCGAGCUGAGCGCCACCACGAUCAUGGACUGCGCCGAGAACAGCAUACGUUGCGAGGUGGAAGCCGGCGCUUGUUCGAAAUACACUGAUGUGAAAGGUCUACAAAUUAAGACGAAUUGCAGAAUCGGUAGCGGAAACCUUUCGAAGGAGGUACUUAUCGUCGGACAAGAAGCGACGAUCAUUUGAAAUAUUAUUUGUCACAAUUAAACGUAGCCCGAAUUACCUCACUGCUAUAUCUAUACAGACCAAUACCUAAUUCUGUGCAAUAUUUUAUAGGAAAACAGUGAAUACACUGGUACAUGAGUAUUGAAAAAAUAAUGUGCCAUAGGAAUUGAAUCUCGUAAUAACGGUGUGUUCAUAUAUUUUCUAUAUAUUUAAUAACGUGUGAGAUUCAAUAGGUAAUUGUAAACCAUUCGAUUAUCCGUCAGUUUUAAAAUGGGUACGUGGAUAUGGCAACCCCGAGUAGCGUUUCAUGUACACAACUUAAAAUUAUAAUUUGCGUAAUUACUGGUGGUAGGACCUCUUGUGAGUCCGCGCGGGUA